ACCAAUAUCCCGUCGCGACAUGAACAAAAUCUCAGUAACAAUUUUUUUUGCCAAUGUAUAGAAUUAAUUCAGAAAUCAUCGGACGAAUAGACGUUUUGUUGAUAAUCAUUUCUUCAGAUCUCGUUCUUUUUUGAAGCUUUUUCUGCGAUAAAGGCUCCAUUAAUUGCUGGUGUUGAUGAAUCAACUUGAUACAGACUCUAUUAUUAAAACUUAGCAUCAAUGGUUGGAAAGAGAGGAAGCAAAUGCUCAAAGAACAUGGAAGGAGAACCAAAUGUCUCGAAUAGUUCAAAUCUGCCAGGUGGCCUGGAGACCGUUUCUCAGGUUAAAAGAGAUGUUGCCUCAACAGAAACAUUAGUGAAUAAUAAUAUGGAAGAGGAAGCAAAUCAAUCUUCUGAAAAUGCUCAAAAGCAGUUGGUGCUUUAUGACCCUGCUGCCACUGGUGCUGGUGAAAUGUCACCUGUUUCAGGCCACAUUGAUUCUCCAAAUCGGGUUUUGCGAUUUAUAGGGGCCUUCGCUGUUCAAUGCGCCAACUGUUUCAAAUGGAGGCUUGUUCCCAAAAAGGAGAUAUAUGAGGAAAUAAGGGAACACAUUAUAGAACGGCCUUUCUUGUGUGAAACAGCUCGCGAGUGGCAACCUGAGAUAUCAUGUAAUGAUCAGCCUGAUAUUGCACAAGAUGGAAGUAGGCUUUGGGCAAUUGACAAACCCAACAUUGCUCGACCCCCUCCUGGAUGGCAACGGAUUUUAAGUAUCAGAGGUGAAAAAAGCUCAAAGUUUGCAGAUGUGUAUUAUCUUGCACCAUCAGGCAAGAGACUUCGAUCUAUUGUGGAAGUUCAAAGGUACCUGAAUGAUCGUCCAGAAUACAAAGAAGUUAGCUUGUCACAGUUUUCAUUUCAAAUUCCAAGACCUUUGCGACAAAACUAUGUGAGCAAGCGUCCUCGUGCUGCACCUUCUUAUGAUGCUAAUGAUGAUGGGAUGCCAGAAUGUCUCGAACCAUCAAAAGUCAAUCCCCUUGCACGUGUUGCUGAUGUGGACACGGACUUGCAGCUUAGCAGUACGGGCUUUUCUGCUCAUUAUUUUGAGACUCCUGAUUUGAAGCCCGAAAAUCAGUCAGCAAAGAAAAAGCGGACACCAUGUAAGAGGAAGCGCCAUGGUGAGUUAACCUAACCAAAUCAAGAUCAAACUGAAAGAGCCUCGUGCACCUUUAUCUGGUUCUUAGAAUCUGGAAUCACCUUAUAGGCUUGUGUAACCUUGGUUAACAGUAACUUGCUAAAUGUUCUAGGUUGAGUAGUUGCUAGUUUUAAGUAGUAUGUGUCGAGUCAAUGUUGUGGACUAUAUGUUUGUCCUGUCUAUCCUGGUAAGAAGAGACUUGCGGUUCAAAUUUGGGUGAUUCACUAUGCUAACUAAGAGCAGUACAUUUGAUAUGCUAACGAGUAAUGAUAUUUUAAGGUGUUAUGUUA